AUGGCCGGGCGGCUUCCUGGUGGCCCGUCACAGCAACCAGAGAACCUCAUCGACUUCGACGACCAGCCAGCCUACUACACCGGCGCGCGGCCGCCCGUCAACGACGAUGAACUCCUCCGCCGCUAUGACAUCGACGACUCUGACGUUCAGCAGCCGGGACGACCGUCGGUAUCCUACGAUGACUUUGUAGGGGGAAAUCGCUCAAAUGCGGGACUUCCGGGAGGGCCGGGUGCACCGCCUGCGGGGGAGCCUCCGUACCUGUCUACAGGAGGGGGUCGGGCAUAUUCACAGACGUCCGACCUUCAUAACUACUCGCGGUAUUCGGAUGCGGGGAUCGAUGACGAUGAGUCCAUGUAUUAUACCACUGGAGGAACAUACGAGGAGCCGACACCAGGACAGCGGCGCGGAGCCGCACAGAACAAUGCCAGGAAUAGCAUACUCAGCUUAGGCGGAGGGCUGACAGGCCGAGUGCGGAGUAUGCUUGGUCGGCGACCAGAGUAUUCGGAGAUGGACCUACCCUUGACGGAGCACGCUGCCGGACCCAACCCGGCAGAAAGUACAGACGGGGGGAUCAAGCCGUCGAAACAACGGUCUUCUGGCGUCUUCAAGUUUGGCUUCGGAAGGGGUGCACCGGACCCGUCGACCUUGGGACCCCGAAUAAUACAUCUCAACAAUCCUCCUGCGAACGCGGCGAACAAAUACGUAGACAACCAUGUCUCGACCACAAAGUACAACAUCAUCACCUUCCUCCCGAAAUUCCUCUUUGAGCAGUUCUCAAAGUAUGCAAAUCUGUUCUUCUUGUUUACCGCGAUUCUGCAGCAGAUUCCCGGUAUCUCCCCUACGAAACGGUAUACGACGAUUGUGCCUUUGGGUGUGGUGUUGUUGGUCUCGGCGGUGAAGGAGUAUGUGGAGGACUAUAGGAGGAAGACGUCGGAUCAACAGUUGAAUAACUCCAAGGCACAAGUUCUGAAAGGAUCAUCGUUCGUGGAUACACGGUGGAUCAACAUUGCAGUAGGAGACAUUGUCCGCGUGGAGUCGGAAAAGCCGUUCCCUGCGGAUCUGGCACUCCUGGCUUCCUCGGAACCGGAAGGACUGUGUUAUAUCGAGACGGCAAAUCUGGACGGAGAGACCAAUUUGAAGAUCAAGCAGGCUAUCCCCGAAACCGCCAAUCUUGUCAGUCCUGCGGAGCUUAGUAGGCUGGGAGGCAAGAUUCGGUCGGAACAACCCAACAGCAGCUUGUAUACGUAUGAGGCCACUUUGACGAUUGCAGCAGGAGGAGGUGAGAAGGAGCUGCCGUUGUCGCCGGAUCAGCUGCUGCUCAGAGGAGCAACUUUGCGGAAUACCCCCUGGAUCCACGGCGUUGUUAUCUUCACCGGCCACGAAACAAAGCUCAUGCGCAAUGCUACGGCGGCGCCUAUCAAGACGACACACGUUGAGCGCAUGGUUAAUUACCAGAUUCUCAUGCUCGUCAUGAUCCUCAUGGUGCUGAGUAUCAUCAGCUCCGUUGGCGAUAUCAUUAUCCGGAUGAGGAACGGUGAUCAACUGGGCUAUCUGAUGUAUGACUCGUUCAACGGCGCGAAGCAGUUCUUCUCGGACCUUCUGACGUACUGGGUUCUUUACUCGAAUCUUGUGCCCAUUUCGCUGUUCGUCACGCUUGAGAUCGUCAAGUAUUGGACUGGCUCCCUGAUUGAUUCUGAUCUGGACAUUUACUACGAACCUACGGAUACCCCUGCGAACUGUCGGACCUCUUCACUGGUGGAAGAGUUGGGCCAGAUCGAAUAUAUCUUCUCCGACAAGACGGGCACUUUGACCCAGAAUAUGAUGGAGUUCCGACAGUCGUCCAUUGCUGGUAUUCAGUAUGCGGACGAAGUGCCCGAGGACCGGAGAGCUACGAUUGAGGACGGCCUAGAAGUGGGAAUUCACGACUUUACGCAGUUGGAGGAGAAUCGACUGCAUCACAAAACAAAGGACUUCAUCAAGCACUUCCUCACGCUGCUUUCGACAUGUCAUACCGUCAUCCCGGAAAGAGGGAAUCAGCACGAGAUCAAGUACCAGGCCGCGUCACCUGAUGAGGGAGCAUUGGUGGAGGGAGCGGUGCAGUUGGGGUAUAAGUUCAUUGCGCGCAAACCGAGAUCAGUGACGAUCCUGGUUGAUGGGAAAGAGCUGGAGUACGAGCUUUUGGCCGUAUGCGAGUUCAACUCGACCCGAAAGCGCAUGUCGACCAUCUAUCGGACUCCCGAAGGCAAGAUUGUGUGCUACUGCAAAGGAGCUGACACGGUCAUUCUGGAACGGCUGGGCAAGGAUAACCCGUUUACGGAAGUCACGCUGACGCAUCUGGAGGAGUAUGCGGCCGAGGGUCUGCGUACGCUUUGUCUUGCUAUGCGCGAAAUUCCGGAGCAGGAGUUCCAGGAGUGGUACAGGAUAUACAACACGGCCCAAACGACCGUCGGCGGUAACAGAGCUGAAGAACUUGACAAAGCUGCCGAGCUCAUCGAAAAAGAUUUCACUCUUCUCGGCGCCACAGCCAUCGAAGACAAGCUUCAAGAGGGUGUCCCUGACACCAUCGCCACACUGCAAUCAGCCGGCAUAAAGAUCUGGGUGCUGACUGGUGACCGGCAGGAGACCGCCAUCAACAUCGGGAUGAGUUGCAAGCUGAUCAGCGAGGAUAUGAGUCUGCUCAUCGUUAAUGAGGAGGACAAGGAGGCGACGAGAGAUAAUCUGCAAAAGAAGUUGGGUGUGAUUGCGAAUCAGGGCGUUAAUGGCGCUGAGAUGGAUGUCCUGGCGCUGGUGAUUGAUGGGAAGUCGUUGACGUAUGCACUCGAGAGGGAUCUGGAGAAGACGUUUCUAGAUUUGGCUGUCAAGUGUAAGGCGGUCAUUUGCUGCCGUGUGUCGCCUCUCCAGAAGGCCCUCGUUGUCAAGCUGGUCAAACGACAUCUCAAAUCCAUUCUGCUCGCUAUCGGCGAUGGUGCCAACGAUGUCUCCAUGAUCCAAGCCGCUCAUGUGGGUGUCGGCAUCAGCGGCGUUGAAGGUCUUCAAGCCGCCCGCAGUGCCGAUAUUUCUAUUGGUCAGUUCCGCUACCUCCGCAAACUCCUCCUCGUCCACGGCGCAUGGAGCUACCAGCGCGUGAGCAAAGUGAUUCUCUACUCCUUUUACAAGAACAUCGCCCUCUUCAUGACGCAGUGUUGGUACGCCUUCCAGAAUGCAUUUUCCGGGCAGAUUAUCUAUGAGUCCUGGACUUUGACAUUCUACAACGUCUUCUUCACCGCCAUGCCCCCAUUCGUUUUCGGCAUCUUCGACCAGUUCGUCAGUGCACGACUCCUGGACCGUUACCCCCAACUAUACCAGCUCAGUCAAUCCGGUGCCUUUUUCAAAAUGCAUUCCUUCUGGAGCUGGGUCGCGAACGGCUUCUACCACUCCCUGAUACUAUACUUCGCCUCCCAGGCCUUCGUCCUCUGGGACUGGCCCCAAUACGACGGGCUCAACGCCGGCCACUGGGUCUGGGGCACCGCACUCUACACCGCCGCGCUCGCCACCGUCCUCGGCAAAGCGGCGCUGAUAACGAACAUUUGGACCAAGUACGCCGUCCUCGCCAUCCCAGGCUCCAUGGCCCUGUGGUUCAUCCUCCUGCCCAUCUACGCGACUGUAGCGCCGAAGACGGGGGUAUCCAUGGAGUACGUUGGCGUCAUCCAGCGGCUGUUCCCCGACCCGCGAUUCUGGGCGAUGGUGGUGGUGUUGCCGGCGCUGUGUCUGGUCCGGGAUCUCGCGUGGAAGUAUGCCAAGAGGAUGUAUUGGCCCAUGAGUUAUCAUCAUGUGCAGGAGAUUCAGAAGUAUAAUAUUCAGGACUACAGACCUAGAAUGGAGCAAUUCCAAAAAGCAAUCCGCAAGGUGCGCCAGGUGCAGCGUAUGCGCAAGCAGCGCGGAUACGCCUUCUCGCAGACGGACGAGAGCCAGGCGCGCGUCCUGCAGGCGUACGAUACCACGCGCGAGAGAGGGCGGUACGGCGAGAUGGCGAGUUCGAGGAGAUGA